CUUCGCGCUCCACAAGGACUUCCCCAGAGCCUGGGCGGGUGCGGGAGGCGGUGUCGCCGCGGUCUAGGGGCGACAGGCGGCGGCCGCGGAGACGCUGGUCGCUGCGUGAUGGCUGCCUCGGUGUUCUGCUGCCUGCGCUGCUGCAGGGACGGUGGGACGGGGCACAUUCCUCUGAAGGAGAUGCCGGCGGUGCAGCUGGAUACGCAGCACAUGGGAACAGAUGUUGUCAUUGUAAAAAAUGGAAGAAGAAUAUGUGGAACAGGAGGUUGUUUAGCCAGUGCACCUUUACAUCAAAACAAAAGCUACUUUGAAUUCAAAAUCCAGUCCACAGGAAUCUGGGGUAUUGGCGUUGCAACUCAGAAAGUUAACUUGAAUCAGAUUCCUCUUGGCCGAGAUGUGCACAGUCUGGUGAUGAGAAAUGAUGGAGCUCUGUACCACAACAACGAGGAGAAAAACAGGCUGCCAGCGAACAGCCUUCCACAGGAGGGGGAUGUGGUGGGUAUUACAUAUGACCAUGUAGAAUUAAAUGUAUAUUUGAAUGGAAAAAACAUGCAUUGUCCAGCAUCAGGUAUACGAGGGACAGUAUAUCCAGUUGUUUAUGUUGAUGACAGUGCAAUUUUGGAUUGCCAGUUCAGUGAAUUUUAUCAUACUCCUCCACCUGGUUUUGAAAAAAUAUUAUUUGAACAGCAGAUCUUCUGAAUGCAUUUGUUUUUGAAACUUGUAUUUCUGUAGUUAAAAGUGUUUACCAUUUAAUAAAGCUUUACCUGACCUAUAGAUGAAAAUAUAUUCUUAAAAAUAUGCUUGCUAAUGUCGUUUAAGGAACCAGUGUAUUCAAUAUACCACCUGGAAAUUGUUAUUUAAAGUUCUUAUGUUUUGUGAUAUGAAAUCAGCAUUUGGGGCAGUUUAUUUAAUUCUUAUUUAAAUAAAUAUAACUAUGGGUUUGAUUAUCAGUAUUAAGUGGAAAUAUGUAUAUAGAUAUUUGAAACGGAAUCUUUCUUACAUAAAAUAUUUGUUAUGGUGAAGAUGUAGAGUUGGGUGGGUUUUUGUUACUCUGAAGUUUAAGUCUCAUUAACUUUUUUAAGUCUUAUACAGUCCAAUAAUUUUGUGUCUCAGUGUCCUUUUUUAUAUAGAAUAUAACAAAGUGACAGAAAUUUUUAUUAUUGGCAUCUUCAUUUUCAGCAAUUUACUGUAAAAUGUACCACUUAUCUUUAAAUUUCUUUUUUUUUUUUUUUGUAUGUCAUUGCUUUUGAUUUUCUUUGUGAAAGAAGCUGAACGUUUUAGUAAUUGUUAGAGUAUUUUGUUGAGGACCAUUAUGCUGUGUUACUUCAAUACCAGAGUAAGUAGCGGUUGAUUGGUGAUAUAGUGUACACUGGCAGACACUUAGAAUAGUAUGAUGCUUUAAACUUAAAUGUAAAUGAGAUUAUUCUUUUAAAAACUUUUAUUUAAAUGUGUGUUUUUCUGUAAGGAAUAAUAAAAUAAUAGUGCUUAAGGAAUAUUCACUACUGUAUUAAA